CUAAGCAUAUUUUUCAACACUGCCUGCAAACAGCUGUCGUAAAUUUUUUGUUUGUUAUGAAGCGAAAUUUUAUCAAUUUUGUUUUGUCUUAAAAAAUAGAAGAAGUCCGCAAAUCAAUUAUCGCGAAAGAGCAUCUGCGUGUGGAUAAAGUCUAAUUUGGUCUCUACAGGAGUCAUGGCUGAAGAGCCGUCAACAGCCCCAAACACGCCCCCAACGCCCACUGAAGAAACGGCCGACAUAUUUAAAUUAAACAAUGAUUGCCUAGAAUGUAUAUUCGAGAGACUGCAGGAUCUGCGCAGCGAGGUUGCCUUUGCCAAAGUUUGUGAACGCUUUCAAUGGAUCUGCUUGAACCGUUGGCGCAGUUCUCAUGCCUACGAUUACCUGGAUAUGGAAAAGUGGCGCGAACUGUUGCCCAACUAUGAUGACCUAUGCUAUUUUAUACGGCAAAUGCGUCCGUUUAUUAAGGUCAUGAAUGUCUCCAGCUGUUUAUGCACAUUGUUGAGAGACUUGGAUGAAAUGCAAAUAUACGUGUUGCCCAAUGUGACAAGCUUCUAUUAUGAUCCCGAGGACAUGGACUGUUAUCCAUCGGAUCGUAGCAUAUAUAAAAUGGCUAAAAUGAUGCCAAACUUGCUGAGACUGCGUCUCACGACGCCCAUUCAGGGGCGUUACCUGUCAAAUUUUCGGUAUCUGGAGGAGCUGCACUUGUACGAAGAUCAACACAAGGCGUAUGAAUUGCAACAGGAAUAUCUCGAUGAAAUCUGCAGUCAGCUUCCUAAUCUGAAAGUGCUGGACAUUCGCAUGUACGAUGUUAUAAGCAAGCUGCGUCUCAACAACUGUGUGGACUACCUUAAGAAUCUCAGCAUUUUAAAGCUUAAUCUUGCGACCCUUAAAUCGGUUUUACCAAAUGUGUUGAAGCUACCAGCACUUAAACAGUUAGUGGUGCUACUGGACACCGAGUGGUCCAUACCACCUUUGGCUAGUGUUGAUACCUUCGAUCAUAAAAUUCGUGAAGUGCGCGAAUUCUAUGAGAUUAUGGAGCGCAAGGCACCGGACAUUGUGGGAUUUGCCGUUGAUGGUUAUUACAUGCCCCUGGAGCCUGGCUGGGACGCAGAUCUGCCCAUAUGGUCGCAUAGAAAACUUAAACGAUUGGCAAUUUGCAGUUGGACACAUGGCAUUGAUUUUCUAGAGCGCUACACAUGCAUGACAAAUCUACAGAUGCUCUGUCUACGAAACUGGACAUAUUUGUGCGAUGAUAUGCUUUUAAAAUUCAUCGAAUUGUGUCCACAUCUACAUCAUCUUGAUGUCUCCUACUGUCGAGAGUUGACACCCAAUUUUCUGCACCGUGCACUCAACAUUUUAAAGCAGCGAGAGUCAACUAAACAACGUGGUGGAUUCACGAUUGUUCGACCUCUACUUCUUUACUAUGUUUUAUGUGGAUUUGAGGAUUAUGUUGAUUUAAAGGAACUUAAAACUUCACCAGACUACAAGGAUUACAUUAUGUUUAUGGACGAAUUUCCCGUUAGCUCCGAGCGGGGUCUCAGCUUUGUGGAUCGUGGCUAUCAGUUUGACUUUGAGUAAAGCGGCUGGCUGCAACUUUUCUUGUAUAUAUCAAACAGCGCAUCAUUUAUUGUAUAUUUUUUUUAUUUUCGUAACAUACUAUAUUUUGUAAAUUUAUUAUUUGUGUUAAGCAAAAGACAAAUAGUACGACAAUUGCAUAAAUACAACACAUUUAAUUAUGUAUAUGUACAAAAA